AGGACUACAUAAGCCUCGACGCAGGAGGCGGGGCUGCUCAGUCCUCGAGGCGUCGGUGCUCUGUGGUGUUGGAAUCUUGUUGCUUGUCGGCCUGUGCGCGCGUGCGCGGACAUGGCCUCAAACGACUAUACCCAACAAGCAACCCAAAGCUAUGGGGCGUACCCCACCCAGCCUGGGCAGGGCUAUUCCCAGCAGAGCAGUCAGCCCUAUGGACAGCAGAGUUACAGUGGUUAUGGCCAGUCAGACACUUCAGGCUAUGGCCAGAGCAGCUAUGGUUCUUCUUAUGGACAGACCCAGAACACAGGCUAUGGCACUCAGUCAGCUCCCCAAGGAUAUGGCUCAGCUGGUGGCUAUGGCAGUAGCCAGAGUUCUCAGUCAUCUUAUGGGCAACAGUCCUCUUAUCCUGGCUAUGGCCAGCAGCCAGCUCCUAGCAGCACCUCGGGAAGUUACGGUGGUAGUUCUCAGAGCAGCAGCUAUGGGCAGCCCCAAAGUGGGGGCUAUGGCCAGCAGUCUGGCUAUGGUGGACAGCAGCAAGGCUAUGGACAGCAGCAAAGCUCCUAUAAUCCCCCUCAAGGCUAUGGACAGCAGAACCAGUACAACAGUAGCACUGGAGGUGGUGGUGGAGGGGGUGGUGGAGGUAACUAUGGCCAAGAUCAGUCCUCCAUGAGUGGAGGCAGCGGCGGUUAUGGCGGUCAGGACCAGAGUGGUGGUGGCGGUGGCUACGGGGGAGGCCAGCAGGACCGUGGGGGCCGCGGCCGGGGCGGUGGCGGUGGUUACAACCGCAGCAGUGGUGGCUAUGAACCCAGAGGUCGUGGAGGUGGCCGUGGAGGCAGAGGCGGCAUGGGCGGAAGUGACCGUGGUGGCUUCAAUAAAUUUGGUGGCCCUCGGGACCAAGGAUCACGUCAUGACUCUGAACAGGAUAAUUCAGACAACAACACCAUCUUCGUGCAAGGCUUGGGCGAAAAUGUUACAAUUGAGUCUGUGGCUGAUUACUUCAAGCAGAUUGGUAUUAUAAAGACAAAUAAGAAAACAGGACAGCCCAUGAUUAAUCUGUACACAGACAGAGAAACAGGCAAGCUGAAGGGAGAGGCAACGGUAUCAUUUGAUGACCCACCUUCUGCUAAAGCAGCUAUUGACUGGUUUGAUGGUAAAGAAUUCUCCGGGAAUCCCAUUAAGGUAUCAUUUGCUACUCGGCGAGCAGACUUCAAUCGGGGUGGUGGCAAUGGUCGUGGAGGCCGAGGGCGAGGAGGACCCAUGGGCCGUGGAGGCUAUGGAGGUGGUGGUAGUGGUGGCGGUGGCCGGGGAGGAUUCCCCAGUGGAGGUGGUGGUGGCGGUGGACAGCAGCGAGCUGGUGACUGGAAGUGUCCUAAUCCUAUAUGUGAGAACAUGAACUUCUCUUGGAGGAAUGAAUGCAACCAGUGUAAGGCCCCUAAACCAGAUGGCCCAGGAGGAGGACCAGGAGGCUCUCAUAUGGGGGGUAACUAUGGAGACGAUCGUCGUGGUGGCAGAGGAGGCUAUGAUCGGGGCGGCUACCGAGGCCGAGGCGGGGACCGUGGGGGCUUCCGAGGGGGCCGGGGUGGUGGGGACAGAGGUGGCUUUGGCCCUGGCAAGAUGGACUCCAGGGGUGAGCACAGACAGGAUCGCAGGGAGAGGCCGUAUUAGCGUGGCUCCUGAGGUUCUGCAACAGCUUUUCUUCUUGUACCCAGUGUUACCCUCAUUAUUUUGUAACCUUCCAACUCCUGAUCACUCAUGGGUUUUUUGUGUCGGACUAUGUAAUUGUAACCAUACCUCUGGUUCCCAUUAAAAACCAUCAUUUUAGUUAAAA